CGUGUCGGCCCAACAACCCAACCACACAAUUGCAGCCACACGCGCUAGCAAGGAGUCUCCACGUGACGUACACUCUUCCAUUCAAUCAUUCGCAGGACGUCAAUCCGUCGGCCCGCGAAUGAAAUGGAUAAACACAGAGAAAGACAGACAGACAGCUGAGCGAUGCAAAACAUAACAAGGCCAGCCAAACCUGACAAAUCGCACAACAGGCACCCAGACGCAAAUCAUGGGACAACACUCGAUUCAUCGUCAUCUUGUGUCAUUCCCUCCACAGGUCAUGUAACGCAUCCAUCGGGUGCCACAGGAACAUCAGGAUACAAAAUGUAGACAGCGACUGAUGGAUGGACAGAUGCUGCGUGCAGAGGGGCCACACACCAUCCAUCCGCCCGCCCACCAUGUCUCCAUGUCUGACGGCAUCGUUUUUGCAGUCAGGAGGCGAAGCCGUCAGAGGGAAGGGAUAACACGAAGGAAUACAGGUCUCUUUGUCGAUUUCCUGAAAGAAAUCGUCGCAGGCUUACGUCCAUGUUUUUGUGCAUUCGGAUGGUGCGGUCGAUGUCGCCACACAGCUGCCGCUCCAGGCUGACGAGUGCCUUGAGGAUGCCCUCCAGGGCUGGUCGGAAGGCCAUAUGGGUCUGCAGGCACCUGAAGCCGAGGUCCCCGACCUUCUUGGCAGUCGCCAUAGACCAAAUUCAGCCCCGCCCCCCAGAGUCGUCGUCAGCCCGCUGCUGGAGCGUGGGCUGCCCACCGACGAGGCCGCAUGGCUGACCGUCGCGACCGACGAGGUACUGCAGCUCCUCAGACCAGUGGAGCGCUGCAAGUGCCUCAUCUCGGAAGCAUGCGGCCUCGUAGCGGCCGCCCACCAGCUGGUUGUGUGGCCACCGCAUCGCCUUCGCAGCGCCCGCCGCAGCCGUGCCCUCUCGGCUGUCUCUCCCAAAUCCUGCGGAUCAAUGGACGGGACACAGAGGAAAUGAGACACACCCAUAGGUGCUGUUCAGUGUUCUCCUACCAAAAGAGUGUUUCUGCCGCCUACUUGUCGUAGGCUGUGUUGUCCCUUGUCUUGGCCUGCGGUAGGAUGGACGUGUACGCCAGGAUUAUGCAGGCAGCUUUCGAAUGUACAGAAGUACGUACGUCGGCGCUUUUCACCCAUUGCAAUAUGUCCCACAGCUGGUGUUUUAUCUGACAGACAUGCAGACCAGGCAGCACGUACAAUGGUGGGCUCUGAAGCAUACUCUGAACGGGAAAAAGCAAGAAGGCAAGAGGGACAUUGGGGGACAAGAAAGCAAGUACCUGUGACCCGCGAACAACGACUUCGAAUCGGUCCCCUACAUGAUCCCGCCACCACAGCGUCCGCCUGAGAGUCUCUCGCGGCUCGCCGAGCAAUUGUCGCCGAGUGUCAUCUUGUAGGAACGAGCUGAAGCAGCACCCGGUCCACACCACGAAUGCGAAACCACCUUGACGUGAGCACGCUGCAAGCACAGAAUACAGUGAGUGCAUGUGCUGCAUAUGCCCUGCACUGCACUGCCUCUCUCGCCGCUCUUCCCCCUUACCGGUGUCUUCUUUCCCCAGGCUCCUCUCGACAUAACCGGUUGGUUGGAUGGCGUCGGUCACCUCUGCAACGUCCCCGUGAGGUUAACGAACGACAAGAUCGCCUGGGCAGGCACGCACACACAUGUGGCACAGACAGAAACACGCAUUGGAUUCUGCGGUGUGUCAUGCGUGUUGCUUGCGUGUGCUCUCAUCCAUCCAUCCAUCCAUCCGUGCGGCGAUGAGACUCACGACGGACAGACGCGACGCGAGGGGGGCCCGUGGAGUGGAGAAGAAGGGUGCGCAAGGG